AUGGGGGCAGGAAGACAGGUCAAACUCCUGCUGUGGAAGAACUGGACCAUCCGCAGGAGGCAGAGGGUGCGUUUCCUAAUGGAGAUCAUGUGGCCUAUUAUGCUGUUCAUGGGGCUAGUGUGGCUAAGAAGAGUGAAUCCACUUUACCGUCAACAUGAAUGCCACUUCCCAAACAAGGCCAUGCCCUCCACAGGGGUCCUGCCAUGGAUCCAGGGAAUCUUCUGUAAUGCCAACAACCCUUGUUUUCAAUACCCCACCCGUGGUGAAUCUCCCGGCCUGGUGUCCAACUACAACAACUCCAUAUUGGCUCGGUUCUACACGGAUGCCCAGGAGCUUCUUUUCAGUGACUCACAGUUUCUGAAGCUUGAUCGCCUCUGGAGAGAACUGAAUGCUAUGAGUAACUUCAUGGACACCCUGCGCACGCAUCCUGAACAGGUCUCAGGCCGAGGAGUAAAGGUGGAGGCUAUCCUUAAGGACGAUGAGACUGUGACAUCAUUCCUGCUGAGAGACAUUCCUCUGACAGAGUCUGUGGUGUAUCAGCUAGUCAAUGCCCAAAUCAGGCCUGAACAGUUUGCCUUUGGGGUCCCUGUCUUGCAUCUAAAGGACAUUGCCUGCAGCCUGACCCUGCUGGAGCGAUUCCUCAUCUUCCCCAGCCGCAGAGGACUCUUCGCUGUUCGCAAUGCUAUGUGCGUCCUUACCCCACAACGGCUACAGAUCAUUGAGGACAAAUUCUACGCCAAUGUCGACUUUUUCAAGCUCUUCCGGCUGCUUCCUCUUGUGCUCGACAAUCACUCUGAAGGCAUUGAUAUUCAGCUGUGGGUACGGGUCGUCUCCGCUGUCUCGGACAAACUGCGAGAGUUGUACCAGAGGAAUAGCUCCAGGGAGCUUCUCCAGCUCAUGACUCCUCUCUUCCAGAAUAAUCUGUCCUUCAGGCAGGUGAUGGCCGCUGCCUCCAGUCUGGUAUGUGGCUACACUGAGGGCGCUUUUUCCCGAGUCACUUCCUUUAACUGGUACGAGGACAAUAACUACAAAGCCUUCCUGGGCAUCAGCAGCGGCAGGGCACGGGGCCACUACACAUACGACAACAGCACCACUCCUUUCUGCAAUGAUCUGAUGAAAGAGCUGGAGUCCAACCCUGCCACCAGGAUUGUGUGGAACUCUGUCAAGCCCAUGGUGAUGGGACAGAUCCUCUACGCCCCUGACUCACCUGCUGUCAGGAAGAUCAUACGAAAUGCAAACAUGACAUUUGAGGAACUGGAGAGGCUGAGGACGAUGGGGAAGGCCUGGGAGGAAGUGGCUCCUCAGAUCUGGGCUUUUUUCCAGGAUGGAGUCCAAGUCAACAUGAUCCGGGACACCAUGUGCAAUCCAUCGGUGAUGGAUUUCAUUGACAGGAGUCUAGAGGAGGCGCCGUUCUCCUCCAAACACAUCCUUAACUUCCUGUACAACGGGUCACCAGAGGACCGUCCAGACGACAUGCCUGAUUUUGACUGGCGAGACAUCUUCAACCUCACUGACCGGGUCAUUCGGAUGCUCAACCAAUAUGGGGAUUGUGUGCUCCUGGAUAAGUUUGUGGCUGUGCCUGACGAGGACGCCGUCACUUAUCGGGCCUUGGACCUGUUAGAGGACAGCAAGUUCUGGGCGGGCCUUGUCUUCGUAGAUAUGCACCCUUGGACCACCAAUGUCCCGCCUCAUGUUAAGUUCAAGAUCCGUAUGGAUAUUGAUGCAGUGGAGCGCACCAAUAAGGUCAAAGACAGGUAUUGGGACCCUGGCCCCAGAGCCGAUCCAAUGGAUGACUUCCGCUAUGUUUGGGGCGGCUUUGCUUACCUCCAAGAUAUAAUAGAGCAUGGGAUUAUCAAGACUCAGACUGGAAAGGAAUGGCCACUGGGUGUUUAUCUACAGCAGAUGCCCUACCCUUGUUAUGUGGAUGAUCUCUUCAUGCUGACAUUGAACCGCUGUUUCCCCAUCUUCAUGGUACUGGCCUGGGUCUACUCUGUGUCCAUGAUAGUCAAGAGUAUUGUCCUGGAGAAGGAACUCCGCCUGAAGGAGACCCUGAAGGCUAUGGGGGUCACCAACGGCGUCAUCUGGUCCACCUGGUUCAUUGACAGCUUCCUCAUGAUGGGCACUAGCACCGCUCUCCUCUCCAUCAUUAUCAUAGGAGGUAGGGUACUGAACUACAGCAACAGCGUCAUCCUCUUCCUUUUUUUGCUCACCUUCACUACGGCUACCAUCAUGCAAUGCUUCCUCCUCAGUGUCUUCUUCAACCAGGCCAACCUGGCAGCUGCCUGCUGCGGCAUUGUUUACUUCGCCCUUUACCUCCCGCACAUCUUCUGCUUUGCCUGGCAAGACCGCAUCACCAAGGACAUGAAGAUCUUGGUGAGUCUGCUGUCCCAAGUGGCUUUUGGCUUUGGGACGGAGUACCUGUCCCGGUACGAAGAGCAAGGCGUGGGUCUGCAGUGGGAUAACAUCCAGACCAGCCCUCUGGAGGGGGACGAGUUCAGCUUUCUCACCUCCAUCUGCAUGAUGGGCCUGGACACUGUGCUGUACGCUGUGCUGGCCUGGUACCUGGACAAUGUCUUCCCUGGCCAGUAUGGAAUUGGUCGACCAUUUUACUUCCCCUUCCUGCCUUGUUAUUGGAUCAACAGUGUGGCUCCAGCUUCAGAUUUGAAUAAAAAAGGCUUUCAUAACCUGGCCAACAAAGAGCAAGGAGAGCAGCAGAAGCAAGAGGAGGAGGAGAACCAAGAUCAGGAGAAUGACCAGGAGAAAGCCCCGGCUCUGGAGGAGACAGACUCGUGUGAACACUUGGCUCAGCGUGACAGGCUGGAGAAGGAGAACCAGGCUGAGGCAGAGGAGAACCAGGAAACAGACGUAACACAUAUGGGGUUGUCUUUGCUGUCUGCAGGUCAGCCAUUCUUUGAAGCAGAGCCAGCUGACCUGGUGAAGGGUGUUUGCAUCCAGAACCUGGUCAAGGUGUUUGGCAAGAGCUCCACACCGGCCGUGGAUGGCCUUAGCAUCAGUUUUUAUGAGAGCCAGAUUACUGCCUUUCUGGGCCACAAUGGUGCUGGGAAGACCACAACCAUGUCCAUAUUGACCGGUAUGUUCCCUCCCACCUCCGGCACAGCCACCAUCUACGGCAAGGACAUCCGAACAGAUAUGGACACCAUCCGUUUGUCUCUGGGAAUGUGCCCUCAACACAACAUCCUUUUUCAGCAUAUGACUGUAGCAGAACAUAUCCUCUUCUACUCGCUGCUGAAAGGCCGUCCAAUAGCAGAGGCCGAGGAGGAGGUAGAGAACGUGCUGCAGGAUCUGGGUCUUCCCCACAAGAAAGAUGAGCUGACCCAGAACCUCUCAGGGGGCAUGCAGAGGAAGUUAUCAGUUGCUUUGGCGUUUGUUGGUGGGGCCAAGGUGGUGAUCCUGGAUGAGCCCACUUCUGGGGUGGACCCCUACUCCAGGCGCUCCAUUUGGGACCUGCUGCUCAAAUACCGCGCAGGGCGCACAGUGAUCAUGUCCACCCACCACAUGGACGAGGCCGACCUGCUGAGUGACAGAGUGGCGAUCAUCUCUCAGGGUCGCCUCUACUGCUGCGGCUCCCCCAUCUUCCUCAAGAACUGUUUUGGCGCUGGCUUCUACCUCACUGUUGUGCGACGAAUGAAACAUGACGCUCCAAAGGCCAGCUGUGACCGUACAGACGAUUGCUCCUGUAAUUGUUCAAAGUGUUCAAAGUUUAAAGUGGACCAAGAGGAGAGCCAGCCUCCAGACAGACAGAUGGAUGGUAACAUGGAACGCAUCACCGCCCUGAUCCACCAUCACGUGCCGCAGGCUCGUCUCAUUGAGGCCAUCGGCCAGGAGCUGACCUACCUGCUGCCUAACCGCAACUUUGAGCCCAAGGCCUACGCAAGCCUCUUCAGGGAGCUGGAGGAAACACUGGGGGACAUCGGCCUCAGCAGCUUCGGUGUGUCCGACACAUCGCUGGAAGAGAUCUUCCUAAAGGUCACUGCUAAUGGGAAUGCAACCAACAAGAAAUGUACACCAGACAAGAACUUAUUGCGACAGAUCUGUCGAGCUAGUCUCUGUGGGUACAACAGAGUGGCAAUUGAUAUGGCACCACCAAAAGAGACGGAUGGGGCUUUGCACACUAAUGGCCAGGGCCCGUGUGAUGUCCCAGAAGGCAGUGCAGGCAGGGGGUCCUACCAGGUUAGAGGCCUGUGUCUGACCAUCAAACAGUUCUUUGCUCUGCUGAUCAAGAGGUUGCAUCACACGACGCGCUCCUACAAAGACUUCUUCGCCCAGAUUGUGCUGCCUGCCAGUUUUGUUUUCCUGGCACUGACCUUCACUCUGAUCGUUCCACCUUUUGGAGAGUAUCCAAGUCUGACUCUCAGUCCCUGGAUGUAUGGCAGACAGUACACCUUCUUCAGUAAUGAGCGUCCUAUGGAUGCUCCGAUGCGAUACUUUGGUCAGGUGCUGUUGGACAAGCCUGGCUUUGGGACUCGUUGCAUGGCGGAUGAACCACUGGAAGAUUUUCCAUGUAACAACAUCACCACGGAGUGGGAGAUGCCCCUGGUUAACCCUGUCCUGAUAGAUAUGCUGGCCGGCCCAGAAUGGAACUCCCUCAGGCCGUCUCCAGACUGUCAGUGCAGCACACCCAGGAAACUCAGCAUGCUCCCUGUAUGUCCUGCUGGAGCUGGAGGCCUGCCACCUCCACAGAGGAUCCAGUCAACAGGAGAUGUUCUCCUGGACCUGACAGGCAGGAACAUCUCUGACUACCUGGUGAAGACCUACCCCACUCUCAUUAGUACCAGCUUGAAGAGCAAAUAUUGGGUGAAUGAACAAAGGUAUGGAGGCAUAUCAGUGGGAGGACAGCUUCCUGUUUUAGAGCUGCAGCCAAAGACCAUCCAGGAUCUAGCAGCACAGCUGGGACGACUGCUCAAUGUUACCGGGGGCAAAUGCUCCAAACAAACACUGAAGGACAUUGGGACGUUCCUCAGGUACAUGGAGACUCAAAACAAUGUCAAGGUGUGGUACAACAAUAAGGGCUGGCAUGCCGUGGUUUCUUUCAUGAAUGUGGCCAACAACGCCAUCCUCCGUGCAAACCUGCCCAAAGGAGCUAACCUGGAUGAAUAUGGAAUAACUGCCAUCAACCAUCCUCUGAAUCUCACCAAAGAACAGCUCUCUGAAAUCACUGUCCUGACCACCUCAGUGGAUGCAGUGGUGGCCAUCUGUGUCAUCUUUGCCAUGUCCUUCGUUCCAGCCAGCUUCGUCCUCUAUUUAAUCCAGGAGAGAGUCACUCAGGCCAAACACCUGCAGUUUGUCAGUGGUGUCAGUCCAUUGGUCUACUGGAUGGCCAACUUCCUCUGGGACAUGUUGAACUACUCCAUCAGUGCAGCGAUGGUUGUGGAAAUUUUCAUCUUUUUUGAUAAGAAGUGCUUCACCUCACCAACCAACCUCCAACCACUUAUUUCCCUGCUUAUGCUUUAUGGCUGGUCUGUGAUACCCAUGAUGUACCCCAUGUCCUUUAUAUUCAGUGUUCCCAGCACAGCCUACGUCUCUUUGUCAUGUAUCAACCUCUUCAUCGGCAUCAACAGCAGUGCCAUCACCUUCAUCCUGGACCUUUUUGAAGGCACCACAGCUCUGUACAAGUUCAACCAGCUGUUAAAGACCCUGCUGCUCGUUCUCCCCCAUUACUGCCUGGGCCGAGGUCUCGUAGACAUGGCCAUGCACCAGGCUCUGACUGAUACCUACGCUCGCUUUGGUGAGGACUACAGCCCAGACCCCUAUAACUGGGACUUUAUUGGAAAGAACCUAUUCUGCAUGGCUGUUGAAGGAUUUGUCUACUUCAUCAUUAACAUUCUAUUCCAGUAUCGCUUUUUCCUGGAUCACUGGAUGUCAGAUUGCCCAAAGCCUCCUAUUUUGGGAGAAGAUGUAGAUGUGGCAGAGGAAAGAGAGCGACUCUAUCAGAGUGGAAAAACAAAUGACAUAUUACGCAUACAAGACUUGUCCAAGACAUACAAAGGAACAAUCAUCCCUGCAGUGGACCGGAUCUGUGUCGCAAUAUCACCUGGAGAGUGUUUUGGUCUACUGGGGGUGAAUGGAGCAGGGAAGACCACAAUGUUUAAGAUGUUGACUGGAGACAUUGAUGUCACCUCAGGAGAGGCCUCAGUCGCUGGUCACAGCAUUUUAACCAACAUCCUGGACGUGCACCAGAACAUGGGAUACUGCCCACAGUUUGAUGCCAUAGAUGAGCUGCUGACAGGUAGAGAACAUCUGCACCUCUACGCUCGCCUCCGUGGAGUUCCGGAGCCGGAGAUCAGCCGGGUUGCAGAGUGGGCCAUCCAGAAGCUGGGUCUGUCAGAGUAUGCAGGCCAAAGUGCUGGGACCUACAGUGGAGGUAACAAGAGGAAACUCUCCACAGCCAUCGCCAUGAUAGGCUGCCCUGCACUGGUGCUGCUGGAUGAGCCCACUACAGGUAUGGACCCUCUCUCUAGACGCUUCCUGUGGAACUCCAUCAUGAGUGUUAUCCAGGACAGACGAGCAGUGGUCCUCACCUCACACAGUAUGGAGGAAUGUGAGGCGCUGUGUACCCGCUUAGCAAUUAUGGUUAAUGGAUCCUUUAAGUGUUUGGGAACCAUUCAGCAUCUCAAAUACAAGUUUGGUGAUGGCUACGUGGUGACCAUGAAGAUCAGGACAGCUAAGCCCGGUUCUGCCGUAGAUCUGAACCCAGCCGAAGCCUUCAUGGAGAGCACCUUCCCUGGCUGCAUCCAGUGUGAGAAACACUACAACACUCUACAGUACAAGAUCUCCUCAUCCUCCCUGGCUAGGAUCUUUCAAAUGGUCCUGGUUAACAAAGACAAGCUCAACAUAGAAGACUACUCAGUGUCACAGACCACUGUUGACCAGGUGUUUGUGAAUUUCGCUAAGCAGCAGUCAAGAGAGGAUGACACCAUUGUGUUGCAUCCAAAAGCUGCUGGGGCACAGCGAUAUAUUGAAGCCGCACUCUUCAAGUCUUUGAAGAAGUGAACUUACUUCAAUGAGCUCAACUGGAAGACAGAAGAAAGUCUUUAGUUUUCAUUUUAGGGGCCGCCGUGUCCAAAGAAUGCGCCCUAUGGAUGUGUGUGUGCGGAGAACUGAAAGGUAUUCAGGAGAACUCCAACCUCCUCUUCAAAUGAGACAAGCGACUGUUGCAGAGGAUUAAUCAAAUUGUUUUCUCCAUACUUAAGCAAAGAAGUCUGUCUUUCUCAUCGCCAUUUGGAGGAGUCUUUGGAACGGGGCAGUGCUCGUUGAGCCAUUGUGUGGCGUCAGCUUGAAAUGCAGUUUGUAAAGGAGGCAGCCCUUUAAAUAGGACAUGACAUGUUAUGUUAGACAGCAAAACUUUGCUUUUUCAGUGAACAGGGUUAGUGGACUUUGGUUUUGGAAAGUGUGGAGCAUUUCUGUGCCUGCUAUAUGUUCCACACUCUGCUCACUUUCUAGGCCUUGCAAGUGAAAUGAAACAGAGCUUGAGAUUUAUGACAAGGACCAUGGCUUUGAUUGAUGACGUGUCAAAAAAGUUCAGUAUCAAGUUGUAAUGGGAAUGUGAUGAAAGCAUAGGUCCUGUGUAUUUUUUUUUGCUUCAGAUGCCAAGCGAGAUCAUCCUUUUUUUUUUUUUUUUUUUUUGCCUUCUUUAGAUAUGUGAAAUAAGCACUCCGAGAAGCAUAGCCUCAGCACUUUAUUGACAUAGCUUUAGUUGAAGCAUCACAAUUUUUAGGAUGUUCUGCUAGUGCAAUACAGCUCAUGAUUUUCAUGAAAUCCUCACGCUGCUUUGGAAUUCAUUUCGAUAUCAUGUGAUAUUUUUAUGCCAGCCAAUCUUUGCGCUUUAUCACAUAUAUGUUCAUCUUUGGUAAACUGUCGGCACUUCACCAGCACCUGGUGUCAUUAGAGGAAAUCAAUGUCACAAAAAUUAUGUUUCUGAGAGGGGCAUCAUGUCAAAUAAAGUUACAUUUUUCCUUAUGACGUGGACCUCCCCCCCCCAAGACAACCUGUUUGAUUUGUUUUACACAUUGCUUGAGAUUACUCACAUUCAUAUUUAUACAAAACCGUUUUUAACAGUUGA